AUGUGGGUGAAUGGCGAGUAUGACCCCUGGACCCCGGCUACCGUCUCGUCCAAGUCGCGACCUGGAGGCCCUUUGAAGUCCUCCAAGCAGGCUCCUGUAUGGAUCGUUUCCAAUACCAAUUAUGAUGGCAUAUUUACCAGUUAUAAUGGUAUAUUUACCAAUUAUGAUGGCAUAUUUACCAAUUAUGAUGGCAUAUUUACCAAUUAUGAUGGCAUAUUUACCAAUUAUGAUGGCAUAUUUACCAGUUAUAAUGGUAUAUUCACCAAUGAAGAUGGUAUAUUCACCCGCCAGGAUGGACGCGCCCUGAGGAUUGAGAAUGUCCAUGAUGGCGUGAGAGACCUGUUUAGUGAGGCAGACUGGGAUUUUGCUUGCUGUCUGGUCCCGCGACCAAGAUGGAACCGAAGCUGCUCGAGCUUCCGUACAAUGGGUAUACAACGUGAUUGGAGAGUUGUUGCCCUUGAGCAGCGGAGUCUACGGCGCCGACCUGGGGCCGGAUCCCAGAGACACCGCUUUGGCAGCCAAAGCUUUCGGACCGAACCGGCCGCGCUUGAUCCGUCUCAAGCAGAUCUCGGAUCCGCGAAACGUCCUGGCUUAUGCUUGUCCACUGGCCAAAGCACCGAUGGCGCCGACGCUCAUCAUUCUCGUUACAGGCAAAAGCUGCGCAGGCAAGGAUUAUUGCGCCGACACCUAGGUCUCCAUCGUCACCAAAUGUGCCCUCCAAAGCUCACAGCACGCGCAAUCAGCAUUGGCGACACGACCAAGCGAGAAUAUGCAGAGGCUGCUUGGGCCGAUCUCCAACGCCUGCUUCGGGACCGACGCUACAAAGAGCAACAUCGGGCUGCGUUAACGGCAUUCUUCCAGGAACAGCUGCACCAUCGAUCUCGGCUGCGGGAAGAGCAUUUUCUGGAUGCGGUGAAAGACGCUAUGGAUGUGGACAUGCUGCUUAUCACAGGAAUGAGGGAUAAAGCACCCGUCGUAGCCUUUCGCACUUGGCCCCAAGCAGCAGACUGCUCGAGUAUGGCCAAAGCUGAUUUGGUGGCGUGUUGCGAGGUUGGCGGCUUUGUCUAUGCGUUGGCCUUGGCCUUGCGUGUCGGCGCGUCUCUGGCAUUGAUUCGCGAAGCCGGUAAGCUUCCUCCGCCCACGAUUUCCGUCAUCAAAUCCCCGUCACACAUCUCGUCUUGCGCCUCCCACGGUACGGUGGAGAAGGGAAUUGAGAUGGGCCUGAAUAUAGUCCCAAGGGGCGCGUCUGUCGUGGUGGUGGAUGAUGUGCUUGCCACUGGGAAGACGCUUUGUGCGGUACUGCAGCUCCUAGGACCUAGAUGA